ACAUCAGCACACGCGAACACAUAUAAAGGGAAGCUCGCCCCUUCUUGUCUCAUCCUCAGACAUCACUCAGCGAAGAUGGCUUUUUCUCCUCGGGUGUUGUUGGUUCUGACUGCCGUCAGCGGACUUCUGGCAGGAAGUUGGUCUUCUGAAAUCAAAGAAGAUGAUUGCUGUCCUAAGGGCUGGACUCAGUUGAACCGGCGUUGUUUCAUCUUCCAAAACCAAGAAGUCGACUUCCUGUCUGCGGAGACCACCUGCAUAAUUCUGGGCGGGAACCUGGUGUCCAUUCACAGCAGUCUGGAGAACGAACUCGUGCGACAGUUGAUUUUUGAUGUGACCGGCGACAACACUCGCACCUGGAUCGGAUUCACUGACGCAAUCGAGGAGGAUUCCUUUAUUUGGACCGACGGCUCAGUUGUGGAUUUCACCGUCUUUGCAAGUGGCCGCCCUAACAAUGUUGGAGAACAGGACUGUGUGAUAAUCAACUUCAGAGGAGAGGAUGAAUGGAACGAUAACAGUUGCAGCUUGUUAAGAACUUAUGUCUGUGCCAUGGAUCUGAAAUCUCUCCAUUAAGAUCCCCUCUGAUAUCUUCUAGCGUUUUCCACUGGCCGCUAAAACAACUUCUUUACGCUAAUUGCUCUUGGCUUACAUUAUUUCAAGAGCAGGGACCAGCCUGACAGCUUCCGCCUACGCCAGAGGCCAUGGUGUCCGAGUACUGUGGAGAAAACAUAUAUUCUAUCUUUCUUGAUCAUUAGUCAUAUUUACAGCAGCUAAAGUUUCCCCCUUUUUUUCCCCACACUUUGUUCUUGAAUCUUAUGUCCGCAAAAAUAAACUCUUGUGCUUUGCCUUGAA